AUGGAAGACGCAAAGGCGCUCGCCGCCCUCGCAAAGUAUGCUAAGGGUCAGCAGAUGGUGCUUCGACCGUUCAUGAACCCCGGGCCCCCCCACACUACCGGCAUGUUCCCUGACCCGCAAGGAACCGAUUCAAGCGGCCGUGCCUUCGACAAUUUUAUUGGUGAACACCCGACCAAUUUCGACAGAAACACGUUCAUUCAUUUCGAGGAUAAGGAACUGGCUGUGCUUGAAGUUGUCGGCACCAUUUCCGGCGGAUUAGACCAUUCUCGACAAAUUCUCCGUUGCAAGGCCAUCAGGACGCCGGUUUCCCAUGAGGGGCGAACGCCCAUGCCGAUCUUCGAUGAUAAGCAACAGUACAUCGUAGCUGUGGCCGAAGAUGCAGCCUUGUACGAUGACCCAUUCUGGGCUGACAACCAUCUAUGCCGCAAGGUCGCCGUGCUCCAAGAACUGCACAAGCGCACCAAAACCGGUCUUGGAACCGUCAAUCCAGACUACUAUGGUACGUGGAUCUUGGAGACUGAUGACCACACGGCAGAAGCAGGCAAGAGGUACAUCGGCAUCAUCCUCAUGGAACAUCUCGAGGGCCGUACCAUCGAGGAGUUAUGCACCCGCGAACCAGCACCUGACGGAGAACGCGGCAAUCUAAUCGCUCCUUCCAAUCCAAUCUCGAUCACUGGAGCUGACGGCGCUGAGCACCUACUCGACGUCACCAGCACCGAAGUCCGCCAUCAUAUCGUAAAGCAAAUUAUGCACGGUGUUGUCGACAUGGAACAUGUGGGCAUACAACGUUCCGCUCUGAAUGCUGAUGACGUUAUGGUUGUUUUCCGCCGCGGAGGAGAGAUCUUGGACAAGCCUCAAGCUGUGCUGCUUGAGUUUUUGGUCUGCGAGGUGUGGUCCACGCUUUGGGACGGCGAAAAGCUCUUCGAUAACUCGGAUGAUCUCUACCAACAGCUCCCUCGGCCCCUUCAUCCCUUUGACGAGUUCACUCACAAUGACUUCGAGGACCUGGACGGCUGGUACGAUACGAAUUGGCGAGCCGAGAACAGAGUCAGACUUGAUGCGUGGAUGUUGAAACAGUUUGGACUUUUGACCGAGUCUCGCCGCUACUCUCCUUGGAAUGGAAUCGAAGCCCGCACGAAGGACAAGCUUCGGCGUCUGUUCAGGGCAUUGGACCUCAUCGCGAAUCAACAAACCCGAGACUUUGCUAUGCAUGCUCUCCCUCCUAUUCCUCAACCAGUCAACCGUGGUUCCUUGUCCUUGAGACAGCAACCUAGAGUCAACUACGCCAUGAGUCAGGGACAACCUAUCAUCGACAACUCACCGGCCAUAGAACCUACGCGCUCAGCCAGAAUCGAGGCUGAAGAAGAGGACACAAGAUAUUUGAGAUUCUUUGUCCAGGAAAGGUUCGAAGACAACGCCAAAAGGUUACUUGCCAAGAUGCUUCAAAGCCACCCGAGACUGGCCGAUGCGACCCCGGAGUAUGCCGACAGCGCCGCCGAUGAGUCCCUAACGGAUGAAGAAUAG